GUUUCUGUCAAGGUCGUUUAGAUGAAAAAUUCCCACAAUGCCCUGUGGUCUGCCUUUUCCUGUGUAGCCAUCUUGGAGCUCACAAAAUGAAGUUCAAUAAGAUGGUCACCUCCUCGCGGAGGAAGAACCGCAAGAGGCACUUCAAUGCACCGUCUCAUAUCCGUAGGAAGAUCAUGAGUGCCCCCUUGUCUAAAGAAUUGAGGCAGAAGUACAACGUGAGAAGCAUCCCCAUCAGAAAAGACGACGAAGUUACGGUUGUAAGGGGACAUUACAAGGGGCAGCAAGUGGGCAAAGUUGUCCAGUGUUACCGUAAGAAAUUUGUCAUCUACAUUGAGAGGAUUCAGAGAGAGAAGGCCAAUGGUGCAACUGUCCACGUCGGCAUUCACCCAUCUAAGGUGGUGAUUGUGAAACUGAAGCUGGACAAGGACAGGAAGAGAAUUCUGGAGCGCAAGGCCAGGUCCAGGCAGGUGGCUGACAAGGGCAAGCACACAGAGGAAUCCAUUGCUGAGACUUCUUAAAAUAUUGGUCAUAACUUUUGAACUCUUUGAAAAAUCAUGAAAAAAGAAAAUAAAUAUGUAAAUAAUGAU